AUGAUAAAAGAACAUAACAUUCCACUAAUAACUUCUCCUCAGAAGACUCAUUCUUAGGUCAUCAAUAACUAUACUAGCAAAUCAAUUUACCGUCUCAACAAUUUGCAGCAAGAUUUGAGUUACUCACCUCAUAUUAAUAGCGAGUUUGCCAAAAUUAACUCAAGCAGAGUAGGAAAUCAUCAAAGAAAUAAACUCAUAAAUAACACAAAUAUUAUAUUUGAAAACAUCAAAAACUAAACUCAGCUCCCCAAUCACAAUGACUAUCUCUAGCUAGAUGGGUAAGAUGGCUCAUUAAUUGCAAAUGUAAAAGUGUUAGGAAGUAGGAGUUACUUUUACGGCUAACUACCGAUUGAGAUAAAAGGAGCUACUUUUAGCAAUUCCUAGUCUCACUCAACUCAAAAUAAAUUGACUAAAGCAGGACAUAAUAAUAACAUUAGUUUAGGAAACAAUAACAGCAAUCUGACUUCAUUACAUCUGAACUAGAAUUUAAUCACAAAGUUGAAGAGCAAAGAUCAUUUGUAGUAGCUGCAAAAUCAAUUGCACUUGCCACUUCACAGUCAAAGAGGAAGUGGGAGUAAUCAAAAUCCUUAUUCAAAUGUUCUUAUGAGAAAUCGUAAAGCCAAUAACUUUUCUGAUAAUGACAUCAAAGUGCAAGCUGAGAGUAAAAUGCUCAUUACGAGGAACAUACUCUAAAACACCCAGCUAAACUUUGAGAGCAGUUUAAAGCAACCUAAUGACAGUAGCUAUCUUAGAAAUCAUGCAAGCCCCAUCAAAGACUAAUCUUUGACAAUCAGAGUUAAAGUUGAACUUUCAAAGCUAGAAUUAAGAUAAAUCUUAAAGCAGACUUCGCAACUUCAGAGUAUCUAGAAUGAGCACCUCCUAGAACCAGCCCGAUAUGAAUAACUUUCAAACUAAGACAAACAUCAGCAACCCCAAUUUACAAUUAAGGUAAUAGACUUCGAGCUACUAGAAAAAUUAAGAUUUAGACAAUCUCCAGAAAGAAUGGUAUAACUAGUUGAUCCAAUUUCAAGAUAAAAGAAAAGAAACACUAUCUUUACCAAUAAGAUAGUUAAAACUACUUUGAACUAGAGAGAUGAAUGCAAUCUGAGUAGGGUAUCUAAAUUUGAUUAAGGUAUUAUGACAGCUGACUAAGGUCAGCAAAUAGAUUUUGGAGAUGAUUCUUAUACAAUUACUCCAACAAAGCAUUUAAAAGAGCAGAGCUAGAAGAAUUUGACACCUUUUGUAGAUAACAACACCAAGAUUAAGUCUCUGUUGAAUCAAUUAAGUGGAACUAACAGCAGCAUAUUAAAAAGUAAUUCAAAGCAAAUGAAAAAAUAUGAAUGGAUCAAUCUGUGCGGGAUUCUCAAUAAGCCCAAAGAUCCUUCAAAGCUUUGGUUUGUUCCUGAUACAUAAAGAUACAAUUCCUCAAAAAAGCUCCUAAAGUUUUAGAGAGUUAAUGAUAAUCUAACUUCUCUAUAAAAUUCAAGUAAGGAUAUUGGACAUUUAAAAUUAGAUAUGCUUACAACUUAGUUCAUGAAUAAUCAACAUAACGACUUGAGCAUAAGCAAGGCUAAUAUCCACAAGUCACCUUAUAUAAAUUUAGAUUGA